AUGGCCGAGCCCCUGCCGACGGCGGCGGCCCCUGACGCUGCGCAGCAGCUCCACGCGCUGGCUCAGCAUGCGAUCGACGAGACUCUGGCAGCCCUGGACAACGGCGGUGCGUCGUGGAGCAAGCGCGGCGGCGGGGCCUGCACGCGAGAUAACAUCUCGAUUAGGAAAGAAUGGGGCCGUCUGGGCAGGGCAGAACGCAAGCAAUACAUCGCCGCCGUGCAAUGCCUGCAGAAACUGCCCGCGCGCACACCGCCGUCGCUCGUGCCGGGGGCCAAGUCGCGCUUCGACGACUUCGUCGCCACGCACAUCAACCAGACCUUGACCAUCCACUACACUGGCACUUUCCUCGCCUGGCACCGCUGGUUCACGUGGGAGUACGAGCAGGCUCUCCGCAACGAAUGCGGCUACACGGGCGCCCAGCCCUACUGGGACUGGGCCGUCACCGCCGCCGCCAACAACACCCUUGAGACGUCUCCGCUGUUCGACGGCUCCGACACGUCGCUGUCCGGCAACGGCGCCUUCGUCCCCAAUCAAGGCAACGUCGUCCUCGGCGCAACCACCGGGCUGCCGCCCAUCUACCUGGCCGCGGGCACGGGCGGCGGCUGCGUGACUGCCGGGCCCUUCGCCGACAUGGUCGUCAACCUCGGCCCCGUCGCCCUCGACCUGACCAACGGGACGAGCGUCGGCACGGGGCCCGUCACGCCUGACCAAUUCGCUUGGAAUCCGCGUUGCCUCAAGCGCGAUCUCUCCGACGCCGUCAACCGCCGCUACGCCAACGCGAGCGGCGUUGCGGCCUUGAUCUUGGGUAGUGAGGACGUAGAGCGGUUUCAGAUGACGAUGCAAGGCGUGCCGGGGAGCGGGAGCAUCGGCGUGCACGGGGGCGGCCAUUACUCAAUCGGCGGCGAUCCCGGACGUGAUCUCUUCGUUUCGCCCGGAGAUCCUGCUUUCUACGCCCACCACUCGCAGAUCGACCGCGUCUGGACCUUGUGGCAGUGGCUGGACCUCGAGAGCAGACAGAACGCCCUCGCGGGCACGGGCACGUUCCUGGACUCGCCGCCGUCGCCGAAUACGACCCUGGACACCCUCCUCGAUCUGGGCUACGCCGCCGGCGAGCCGACGAGGGUGGGCGAUCUGAUGAGCAACAUUGGCGGCAAGUUCUGCUACCUGUACGCGUGA